CAGUGCUGGAGCCAGUUGCGCCUGCGGGUCUGGGAAUGAGCGCAGCUCUGACACGCUCCUCACUACCGCGUCUCCUCCCCUGGACCAGCCACAGCUGUCCCGCUCUCUCCCGGGCCCUGGAAUGAGCUGCUGUACCCGGGUGCGGGCCCCGGGGACCGGCCUGAGGACCGGCCUGAGGACCGGGCUGAGGACCGGGCUGCUGCUGCUGCUGGGGCUCCUGCUCGGCCUGGGGGCCGGGCCGGCGGGGUGCGCCCCCCCGGGGCUCAACGGCACCGCGGCCCGCUGGGAGAGCCUGUACUCCCGCUCCCUGAUGGGCCGGGUCCCCGGGGGGAUCCCCGGGGUCCCCGGGGUCCCAGGGCUCCCCGGGAUCCCCGGGCACAAGCGGGACGCCUCCAGCCGGGACAGCGACUACCUCCUGGGCAUUAAGAGGCACCGGCGCCUCUACUGCAACGUGGGGAUCGGCUUUCACAUCCAAGUGCUGCCGGACGGCAGGAUCACGGGGGUGCACAGCGAGAACAGGCACAGCCUCCUGCAGAUCUCUCCGGUGGAGAGAGGAGUGGUGACCAUCCUGGGCAUCCGCAGCGGCCUCUUCGUGGCCAUGAACCGACGAGGGAAGCUGUUUGGAUCUUUACACUACACCAACGAGUGCAAAUUCAGGGAGCAGCUUCUCGCCAACAAUUACAACGCCUACGAGUCCGUGGCCUACCCGAGGAUGUUCAUCGGCCUGAGUAAGAGCGGAAAAACAAAAAGAGGAAACCGAGUGUCACCUGCGAUGACAGUGACACAUUUCUUGCCAAGAAUCUAGUGGCCUCAGAAAUAGACUGGUGGGUGGCGGGCCGGCGUCUCCAAAUCAUGAUGCACUUUCAAUUCAAGACUUAUGCAAGUGUAUCACAUUUGAUUCUUUUGCUAUGUAAAUAUUCAUGUUUUUUUGGGGGUUUGUUUUUUUUAAUUUAUGUUUAACAGCUAUUUUGUAUUUUUAUAGGAGCAGAUGUCUUUCCACUGUGGGUGGGCUGGAGGGGUUUGCGUGGGAGGG